GUUUCUGCUCGGGCCGUUGCCUAAGCGCCAUGUUGGUGUAAACAAAGGAACCUGUAGGUAAAAACGCACUCUAACUGUUAUCGGAACUGUAAGUUUCCAGUGGGUGUCGAGGUUUCCGGGAUUCUGAUAGGGGGACGUUCAUAGUGUCUUUUCCGGUUACAAAUAUGACGCAACCGGCCAACCCAAAGCACUAUGGGAUCACGUCCCCCAUCAGCAUGGCUCUGCCCAAACAAUCGGACCUGGUGCAGACGCAGAAACUGGUGCAGGCGCUGAAGCCUUUUGGAGUGUUUGAGGAGGAGCUGGAGCUGCAACGGAGAAUCUUGGUUUUGGGAAAACUGAACACACUUGUCAAAGAGUGGAUCCAGGAGAUCAGCACCUCCAAGAAUAUACCUCCAUCACUGAUCGAAAAUAUCGGUGGAAAAAUAUGUACGUUCGGAUCCUAUAGGUUAGGAGUCCACACAAAAGGUGCUGAUAUAGACGCUCUCUGUGUCGCCCCUCGCCAUGUCGAUAGGUCCGACUUCUUCACCUCUUUUUACGAGAAGCUGAAAGAGCAAGAGGAGGUCAAGGACUUAAGGGCUGUCGAGGAGGCAUUCGUCCCUGUGAUUAAACUGUGCUUUGAUAGCAUUGAGAUCGAUAUCCUGUUUGCUCGGUUAGCGCUGCAGACCAUUCCCGAGAACCUGGACCUGCGUGACGAUAAUUUGCUGAGGAAUCUGGAUAUCCGCUGUAUCAGGAGUCUGAACGGCUGCAGGGUGACUGAUGAGAUUCUCCACCUGGUGCCCAACAUUGAGAAUUUCAGACUCACUCUUAGGGCCAUCAAACUGUGGGCUAAACGCCGCAACAUAUAUUCAAACAUCCUGGGUUUCUUGGGCGGCGUGUCAUGGGCGAUGCUGGUGGCGAGGACGUGUCAGCUUUAUCCCAAUGCCGUGGCUUCAACUCUUGUGUAUAAGUUUUUUCUGGUGUUUUCAAAUUGGGAGUGGCCCAAUCCAGUCCUUUUGAAGCAGCCAGUGGAGUGCAACCUCAACCUGCCAGUUUGGGAUCCAAGGGUGACCCCAAGUGACCGGUACCACCUCAUGCCCAUCAUCACACCAGCUUAUCCUCAGCAAAACUCCACCUACAACGUGUCCGUGUCCACUCGCAACGUCAUGGUCGAAGAGUUCAAACAGGGUCUGGCCAUCAUGGAUGAAAUAUUGCAGAACAAAGCAGACUGGUCCAAACUAUUUGAAGCGCCAAACUUCUUUCAGAAAUACAAGCAUUAUAUUGUGUUGCUAGCAAGUGCCCCUACUGAGAAACAGCACCUCGAGUGGGUCGGCCUCGUCGAGUCCAAGAUCCGAAUUCUGGUGGGAAGCCUGGAGAAAAAUGAGUUCAUAACUUUGGCACAUGUGAAUCCCCAGUCAUUCCCAGGACCCAAGGAAGACAAUAAGACGCCAGAGUUCAGCACGAUGUGGGUCAUUGGGGUCGAGUUCAGGAAAAUGGAGGGGUCUGAACUUCUUAAUGUUGACCUAACCUUUGACAUCCAGUCCUUCACAGACACAGUGUACCGUCAGGCUGUCAGCAGCAAGAUGUUCGAGUCCGACAUGAAAAUAAUGGUGAUGCACGUAAAGAGGAAGCGGCUUCACCAGCUCCUGCCGGACCUCGUCAUCCCAAAAAGGAGAAAGAAUUCGACUGAAGGUCUGCGGGUCGUGAAUGAGGGCAGUGUGGACCUGUCACUGGACAGCGAUAACAGCAUGUCCAUGCCCUCACCCACCGGCAUCUCCAGCGCCACCAGGACACCCUUCUCUGCCAGUCCUCACCGCUCCACAGGGACCAGCUCAGAUUCUCAGGGUAAGACGGACACCUCAGGAAGCACGUGUUCUGCUGCAGCGUGUGUAUCGGAGUUGAAGAGCUCAAGCGGGAGCAGUCCUCCUCGCGCUCACAGGAGAUCCGGCUCACCCCUCCAGGAUGAGAACGCCAAGAAGCACAAACAUCAGGAGCAUUCGACUGUGAAUGAUGCCGGCGUGGAGGUGUCCAUAAACAGUGAGACCAGCACAUCCAUCCUCUCAUCCACCUUCUCUGCCAGUCCUCACCACUCCAGAGGGACCAGUGCCAGCUCAGAUUCUCAGGGUGAGAUGAACACCUCAGGAAGCACACAUGCUGCUGCAGCGUGUGUAUCAGAGUCGAAGAGCUCAAGCGGGAGCAGUCCUCCUCGCGCUCACAGGAGAUCCGGCUCACCCCUCCAUGAUGAGAACGCCAAGAAACACAAACAUCAGGAGGUACAUCCUCAAGAAGAGAUGGAUACAUCAGUAGACACGUGUGCUGCUGCAGUGUGUCCAUCAGAGAUGAAAACCCUCAGUCCAGGUACGAGCCCUGGCUCACCGCUACACGAUGAACAAGCCACGAAGCUCAGAUUAGAGGAGGAAUCUGCCCCAGACUCUGUGGACCAGACUGCUGAAUUUUCUCAGGCUAGCGAUUUCACGGCUUUAGACGGAGACGUGAAAAUGGAGACCCAGGCAGCGGAGUCUGAUGCAGAUUGGAAGAUUCCAGUAUCUCAGAAACUUUCCAGCAGUGAUCUGUCCGAAGUUGUUCUCCCCCCGCCGAACCACGUCCAAGUGGUGAAAAACUCCAUAAAGCUCAGACUGAGUAGGUAGGAUCAGUCAGGCCUCUCCAUCAACCUGCUUUCACAAUAUCAAGCAACAAACUGAUGGACAAAUACGCAUUCGACGGGAAAUCCUUCACGACACGAAGUUGCAGUUCUCGGCGGCAGGGCGCAAAUCGAUGUUUUACUUAAGUUUUUUUUAACGCAAUUUAGUUAUGAGGCUGUAACGUGGAAAAAAAAAAAAAAACUACAGAAAUGCCACAGUGAUGUGUAUAAAAGAUAGUUAUAUAGGCUGCUAGAAAGAUUCGAAGUGGCACGAGCGACAAGUCACUUGCUAUUGUGAAAACAUCGCCAGAGAGGCCAGACUUAAACCCUGUGGCUUGCUCAGAGUGCCAUUUCAACGAUCCUUGAAGGCUCUCAGGAAGCAGUGUUUGUCCCAAUCCACCAGAGGGCGACUCUGCACUUCAGUAAGCUCCCAGAUGACACUCUCUCUCUCUCUCUCUCUCUCUCUCUCUCUCUCUCUCUCUCUC